AUGAUUUGCGUCCUCCUCCUCGCGUGGAUCUUGAAUUCCGGCAAUGCCUUCAAUGACUUCCCGUCGCUCAUGUCUGCGAACGCCUCGAUGGCGGUCGUUAUCGAUAAGGGCUUCUUCGAUAGUAAGCAUGAGUAUCGCACCACUGUGAAGACGAUUCACGAAUUCGUCACGAAUGUCUUGAGGGAAGAGAUACAUUCGAUUGAUUUGGAUGUGCGCAUCUUCCGUAAUACGAAAAUUAAUAAUUUACGAGAACGAGAUUGCCCGCGAUUUCCUGAUUCGGAGGGUGUGAGCAUCCCUUUAAUACCGGCGGGCAAAGAACUGUCCCAGAUUUUCUACGACCUAAGAUCUCACGACAUUCUGGACUGGAACAAUGUCAACUUAUUGCACGACGACACGUUUGACAGGGAUACAAUUAGCGAAGUUGCCACAGCUAUAUCGACCCCAUUGCCGAACAAGAAAUUCAACAUGGUCUCCAGAUCGUUGUUCGUCUUCAAACACGCCGAUUCCCAACGUAACAGGAAAUAUUACAUAAAAGAGAUGCUCGAGGACUUUCAUGUAGAUCAACUAGGCAAAUACUUCCUCGUAAUCGCCACGAUAGAGGCAGCGUUUGACGUUAUGGAAGUUCCAGAUAGCCAAUGGUUGUACGUCAUCACCGACAGCGUAGUACGAAACGCUACGAACAUUACCAGUUUCACCGAAUUCUUGUCGGAAGGUGCAAACGUGGCUUUCGCUUACAAUUCGACGGACAACGACACGCAUUGCGAUGCCAAACUAAUGUGCCACGUCCAAGAGUUAGUUUCAGCUCUGGCUAAUGCUUUAAAAUUGUCGCUGAUGAUUGAAAUUGAGUUGUAUAAUCAUGUGAGCGACGAGGAGUUCGAGCUCAUUCGAUUGAACAAGCGCGAGAAGCGUCGGGAGAUUCUGAAAAAUAUUCAAAUAAAGCUUGUCGACGAUACUUUCGCCUCGGGCGGCAGUUGCGGCAAGUGCUUGUUUUGGCGAUUCGCCUCGGCCAUAACAUGGGGCAAUUUCUUCCUUCACGGCAAGAACAUCGCGCACUUGAUAGAUUCGGGAACGUGGAUUCCUAGUCUCGGCUCAAAUUUGACCGAUGCCAUCUUCCCGCACAUUUCUUAUGGAUUCCGAGGGAUCAGUAUGCCAGUCGCCUCGUAUCAUAAUCCACCGUGGCAAACUAUCUCGCUCAACAAUGCCGGUGAGAAGGAAUACGGCGGUCUGGUUUUCGAUGUUAUAAAAUACCUAGCCACAAAAUUAAACUUCACGUACACCGUACUCAGUCCGAUGAGCAACCGGACGCUAAAAUUUACGCAGAACGAGACCAAAAGCGAAGUGACGUAUAGCUUCUUAACCACAAAGCCUGGUCAACUCUCUAGAGCGUUGCUGUUCACGGCUCCCUUCGCCAAAGAGACAUGGGCCUGCCUGGCAGCAUCUAUUAUUAUAAUGGGCCCGAUCUUGUACCUGAUUCACAAGUACAGUCCGGGCACGAAGACGGUAGGGCUCAACUCGUCUUGGCAAUGCGUGUGGUACAUCUACGGGGCUCUUCUUCAGCAAGGGGGAAUGUACUUACCCCGUUGCGAUAGCGCGCGUUUGCUGGUAGGCGUCUGGUGGUUGGUCGUUAUGGUCGUGGUAGCGACUUACUCCGGAAGUUUGGUUGCAUUUCUAACAUUCCCGAAUAUGGACACCGCCAUUCUGACGGUGGACGAUCUCAUCGCUCAUAAAGGUAAGGUAACCUGGGGCUUUCCUAACGGCAGCUUUCUGGGGGAGUACCUGAAAAAUGCAGAAGAUGAGAAGUAUCAUAUUAUAUGGGAACGCGCCGAAAUUCAUAAUGCGACACAAGCAGCGGAAGUUAUCGAAAAGGUGAAGGCGGGCAAACACGUGUUAAUCGAUUGGAGGAGCACGUUGAGGUUUCUGAUGAGGAACGACCUAUUAUUGAAUGGCGGAUGUUCCUUCUCUCUGAGCACUGAUGAAUUUAUGGACGAGCCCAUAGCGAUGAUCAUCGGGCAGAAGAGCCCUUACACGAAAAUUAUCAAUGCAGAGUUGCAUCGCAUGCACGAGUCCGGAUUGAUGAACAAAUGGAUAACGGAGCAAAUACCUGUGAAAGACAAAUGCUCGGACGGUUCCGUCAAUCAAGGCGUCGACGAGCGCAAAGUAAACGUGUCGGACAUGCAGGGCAUAUUUUUCGUGCUUUUCAUGGGCGUGGCUGGAUCCAUAUUUCUCCUAUGCUGCGAGUUCCUCUGGCACGGACAACAAGUGAAGAAGCGACGCAAGCUUCAGCCUUUCCUCUCUUGA